AUGUCUGCUGCCAAGCCAAUUCUGAUUUCAGGCGGCGGCCUUUCAUCGCUGCUGCUGGCCCAAUCCCUGCGCCGAUCCAAGAUACCCUUCAGGAUAUUCGAGCGCGAUGCGUCAUUUAUUUUCCGAGCUCAAGGGUACCGACUAAGGUUAUCUACAGAAGGACUUGAGGCCAUCGAAUCUGUCCUUGAUCCCCAAACAUGGCAGAAAUUCUGGGAUAAGUGCGGAAAGACCGGCGGUAGCGGUUUCACUGCAAUGGAUGCCAUAACGGGAGAAGAAACGGAACAUACUGCUCCCGAAGCUUUGGCUUCACGAGGCGGCAAAAUUGUGGGCAUCGCCCGGGGAGAUAUGCGUAAGGUGUUUGCAGAGGGCUGCGAAGAACACAUUGAAUGGGCCAAAAACGUAACCGGCUAUGAAUUAACUGACAGCGGGGUUGUUGCUAUAUUUUCCGACGGAUCCAAGUCAAUCGAAGGCUCUAUGCUCGUUGGGGGCGAGGGUAUCUACUCCAAGGUCGCGAAGCAGCUCUCCGGCGGAAGACUCAAGGUCUACGACACAGGCGCUAGGGGAAUACACGGACAGGCCCCCACGACCGCGUUCAAGGGUCUGGGAGAAGGAGUCUUCACCGUGCGGGAUAAGACCCGGCCCGACGGUGCCGUGUUCAUCAUCACCAACAUUCGCCCUGAUCAAAUGGACGACCCCAACAUUGAGUUUGGAUGGACAAUGGGAGGCCAGCCAGGUGUAAUCCAGGUCCCCAACGACGAUUACAGCAUCGUGGGCAAACAGGCUGCUGACAUCGCCAAGUCACUUGUGAAGAAUUGGCAUCCGCGAUUCAAGCCCUUGUUUGAUGAGAUGAUCGAGUCCGAAGCGGCAUUUUGGAAGAUUACGUGCUCGACUCCAUCAGGUGUACCAGAAUGGCCAAACGAACCUCGUGUGACAGUCAUAGGGGACGCCGUACACUCAAUGACACCCGCGGGAGGAAUUGGGGCGAAUACUGCCGUUCAGGAUUCUGCGCUGCUAGGAAGAUUACUGGGUGAGGCUGGAGGCUAUGAACCUGGCAUUACGGCUGCCUACGAAAAAGAAAUGAGGAUUUAUGGCAGCAAAGCUGUUCAUCAGAGCUAUACGACGGCAGUCAGUUCGUUUGGCGUUAAAAUUGACGAAGCGACCAGUCCAACUGUCUAG